AUGUCGUCAAGAUACAGGGUAGAAUAUCAUCUAAAAAGUCAUCGUAAAGAUGAAUUCAUAGAAUGGAUCAAAGGCCUUUUAGCUACACCUUUCGUUCUCCAUGCAGUUUCUCAUGAUGAAGAAGAUACUGAUGAUUUAGCCACAACCCAACGAAUUAAAUCACAAUAUGCUGAAAUAUUGAAAGAUGUAGAACAGUUGAUAAAGAACAAAAUUGAGUAUGAUUUAAGGGUGGAGAAUAAUGAUUCGAAUUAUUUGAACAAAUCAUCACUCGGAAAGUCAAGGCUUAAUCUUUUAGUUCCAACUAUUGGGACUUUUUUCACUGAACUACCACUAGAAAAAGCAUUCUUAUGGGAAGAUUCUGUGAAGGCUAUUUCUUCCAGAAGAAUGAUUGCACCGAGUUUCAACGAUGUAAGACACAUACUGAAUACUGCUCAAAUUUUCCACUUUGUCAAACAAAAAAAAUUAGGCCCCAGAAUAGGUAAACCAUUACGACUCGUUACAUUUGAUGGUGACGUUACCUUAUAUGAAGAUGGUGGUUCAUUAUACGAAAGUAACCCUGUUAUUCCAUACAUUGUUAAGUUAUUGAAGGCAAACGUGAACGUUGGGAUCGUAACUGCCGCCGGUUAUGAUGAAGCUAGUGCUUACGAAAGAAGACUACAUGGUUUAAUUAACUACCUAUACAAUAAUAAAGAAUUAUCGAAGGAACAAAAAUGUAGUUUGACUAUUAUGGGUGGUGAAUCAAAUUACCUCUUCCGUUACUAUGAGGUUGACAAGUUGAAUGACGAAGUUGUGGAGGAAGAGCCAGUGGCUGGAAUUGAUGGAAACGAUAAUAUAAAUAGUAGUGACGAGAAUAUUAAUGACACUAAACUUUUUGGUUUCAAAUCCAUUGAAAAAGAUAUCUGGUCCUUAGAUAUAAUGAAAGUUUGGUCUGAAAAUGAUAUUCAGGACACAUUAGACUUCGCAGAGAAAACAUUGCACACUCUAAAGAAAAGAUUGAAUCUGCCUUCCGAAGUUCCUAUCAUAAGGAAAAAGAGGGCGGUGGGCAUUGUUCCUGGCAAAAGAUUCGAUAAAAGUUUACAGAAGAAUAUUCCAGUAAAAUUAUCUCGGGAACAAUUAGAGGAAAUUGUUUUGACGUUGCAAAGUACACUUGAGAGUUAUCCACCAUCCAGCCGUAUACAAUUUAGCUGUUUUGAUGGUGGUAGUGAUGUUUGGUGUGACAUCGGAGGCAAGAAUUUGGGGAUUUAUUCUUUGCAAAAAUAUUAUGAUACAGAAAAUCCAAUUCAACCAUGUGAAACAUUACAUGUAGGCGACCAAUUUGCUCCAAUGGGGUCGGCAAAUGACUUUAAAGCCAGAUUAGCUGGUACAACUUUAUGGAUUGCCUCUCCUCAAGAUACCGUAGAUGUAUUGAACAGGCUAACUAAGGAUUGA